AUGGCGAUGGGCUCUGCUUCGUCCGCCCGCUUUCGCCCGAUAUAUAACUGGCAGGAUGAUGUUGAAGAUCUCGAGGACUAUCGUUGGGGGGGCUAUCAUCCGAUCCGACUAGGCGAUGAUUUGUCCAACAGGCGCUAUUACAUCGUGCACAAACUUGGAUAUGGGAGGUCUUCAACUGUCUGGCUGGUCAGAGACCGCGUGGAGAAUCGAUACGUUUCUCUCAAAGUCAUCACAGCAAGACACUCGAAGCUGAGUCCGGAAGUCGACGUUAGGAACCGCUUACGUUGCGGAGACCGGCAUCAUCCGGGUCACCCCUUUGUUCUUUCUCCACUGAAUGAAUUCUACAUUGAUGGACCUAAUGGCCGCCACCUAUGUCUGGUCAGUGAGCUGGCUGGGCCGAGUAUCUUGGAGGUGAAAAUGGCGGCGGAACAUGGCAUGCUAUCAAUUGAAGCUGCGCAAAAUAUCACUGCACAGCUGGCCCUAGGAUUGAGUUACGUACACUCUUGCGGUGUAAUUCACGGAGAUAUACACACGCACAAUGUGGCGUCUCAAAUCCCCAAUCUCGAUUCCUGGACUGCGGAGAAAAUCUAUGAAAAUUUUGGCGAGCCGGAAAGGAGCCCGAUAUUACGAUGCGACAAUGAGCCCUUAGGUCCAGAGGCUCCACCUUAUGCGGUUCCACCAGCUUAUUUCUGGAGCAUAGGUGAAGAGAACCUGACCAAGCAGAUAAAGAUUAUCGACUUUGGUGAGGCAUCCUUUUCCCAGGAUGAACGAAAGAAAUUGCACACCCCGAUGCCGUUUCGGGCCCCCGAGUCAUUCUUCGGUGAAUUGAUAGGACCGGCGGCCGAUGUUUGGGCCUUUGGUUGUACAGUCUUCAACGUCUUCGCUAAUGGUCAACUCUUUGAUGGCUUCAUGUCGAGCGAAGAUGCUAUCCUGGUUGGGAUGGUUGACUCCUUAGGCGUUCUUCCUCCUCAGUGGUGGGAGAAAUGGGAAUGCCGAAGCUACUACUUCUCGAGCGACAGAACACCAAAGGCCAGCAUUACCGCCCAUGAUCCUGGGCCGUCGAAGCCGCUUGCACUACGAAUACAGGAGAUGAGAUCUAGCGGAGACCAGUCGGAGGGAGCCCUCAGACCGUUCAAACCCGAUGAGAUGGUCAACCUACAAAAUCUUCUGGCGGCCACUCUGAAGUAUCUUCCAUCCGAACGGGUAACGGCCGAUGAUGUUUCGAAGCUGGAGUGGAUACACCAGUUAUUCUUAAGAUCAAGAACCAAUGAAUCCGAUGCCUUAUAG